AUGGAAGCGGUGCCUAAACUACCGAUGAUUUACUUUGAGCUCAAAAUAAGUCCCGUUUGGAACAGAAGUUAUUACCAAAUCAAAUAUAGAAAACACUAUUCAGAAGACGGAAAUUCAUACGAAAGAGAGAUCAAUGAAUUGGAAGCGCUUAGAAAUAAGGCCAGUCGAGUGCCUCGAGAUUUCACCGGUUGUUCUCUUCUCAAGAGAUAUUACUCACAGAUAUAUAGUCUUCUGAACCGGUUUUCGGCGUUUGACACGAAUCUGGGAGUGGAGUGCGUUUGGGCCGACAUAUACUCCGGUCAGACACUCAUCGGUGAUCUGGACUUUGAGUUGUCGUGUGUUCUCUACAACAUCGGUGCCCUUCACGCAGAGUUGGGUGCCCUCGACCUCAGGAGCACCGCUGACAAUAUGAAGGUCUCGUGCACUCACUUCCAGUGUGCGGUCUGGGCUUUCCAGCACUUGAGAGACGAUAACCGGCUCUACAAAAGCAAAGACAUGUCUCACGAGUUGCUCUCAUUCUUCGUUCAAGUGAUGCUAUCACAGGCACAGGAAUGCAUUCUUGAGAAGUCUAUGUUAGACAACAGAAAGUCAUCGAUUGUGGCCAAAGUAGCCGCUCAAGUGGUC